AUGGAAGUGGGGGCUAUUGAUGCGAUGAAAUCUUGCAUUAUUCGAACGGUCUUCGCUCGUCGGGCCAUUUCGCGCCGGGCCAUUUAUACUGCAUUCGUUUGCCUCUUUGGACUUUUGCUGCUGUUCCAAUUUUCUGGUCAGCUUCCAAGUAAUGCGCAACCCCGGGACUCACUUUUAAGCCCCAAUCUCACCUCAAAAUUGGAUAUCCAACGAGCUACCAGGACUACCUCUCAUAUACCAACGCUACAAUCAGAUUCCGUAGAUAUUCUUGUGCAAUUGCGUGAGGCUAUGCAUCACUCCUGGAAGGCUUACAAGUUAUACGCUUGGGGUAAAGACGAGGUCGAUCCUGUGACGAUGCACGGAUUAUUUUGGAUGAAUGCCGCUCUCACGAUGAUUGACUCACUUGAUACCCUUCAUAUUUUCAAAAUGACCCAAGAAUUCAAUGAAGCUAAGGACUGGAUUGACAAAUACGUCCAGUUUGAUUCGAACAAUGAUCGUGUUAGUGUGUUUGAGUCCACUAUAAGGCUUUUGGGUGGAUUACUAAGUGCCUACCAUUUAUCUAACGAUGGCGUAUUUAUGGUCAAGGCGUCCCUUCUGGGAGACAAGUUGCUACAUGCAUUCACGUCCCCAUCUGGACUGCCCUAUUCGGACAUAAAUCUGGCAGAUUUAAAAGCUUCGCUUCCUGAUUGGUCCAGAUCUGUCAGUCUUGCAGAAGUAGCGUCACUUCAGUUGGAAUUUAAUGAUCUCGCCGUUUUGGCCAACAAUGUCGAUCUCACUCGUUUACCCGCAAAAGUUCUACAAAUUUUACACGGAAUUCAGAAAGACAGCGGCUUGCUUCCGAUUUCACUCGAUCCUGACACUGGUGAAGUUGGAGGCAUGAAUACGAUUACCCUUGGAGCCCGUGGGGACAGCUAUUAUGAAUACCUUCUGAAGGUAAAGUUAGAUAAUUAUGCCUGA